AUGGAGGAAGAAGGUUUGUUACCAUCUCAUAAAGAAGAAUUGUUAGAAUCUUCUAAGAAAUCAUCCUCUUCAUUUCUGUCUGAAAUAUCAAACAUCUCCACGAUACCUUUUGUUCUUGCCUUCACUGCUUGUUCUUGCGGUGCCUUUUCCUUUGGAUGCAUUGUUGGAUAUACGGCUCCUACGCAGUCGAGUAUCAUGAAAGACUUGAAUCUAUCCAUAGCUGAUUUUUCACUUUUUGCAUCGAUAUUGACCGUGGGACUGAUCAUUGGAGCAUUAAUCUGCGGGAAAUUAACAGAUUUGGUUGGUCGUGUAUACACAUUGUUGAUUACAAAUAUCCUCGUCUUGAUCGGCUGGUUUGCUAUUGCAUUAGCCAAGGAUGUUUGGCUGCUCGAUCUUGGAAGGUUAUUGCAUGGGAUAGCCGUUGGAAUUAGCUCAUAUUUGGUACCGGUUUACAUCAGCGAAAUAGCUCCAAAACAUUUGAGAGGAGCUGCUUCUUCCUUGUCUCAGUUAUUCGUGGGCGUUGGUAUAUCGGCCUUCUAUGCACUUGGAACCGCCCUUGCUUGGCGUAGUUUAGCCAUUUUGGCAUCUAUACCUUGUCUUAUGGCUCUUCCUCUUCUUUUCUUCAUCCCUGAAUCUCCUAGAUGGCUGGCUAAAGUAGGGAGGGAAAAGGAGGUCGAGGCGGUUUUGUUAAGCCUGCGAGGAGCAAAGUCGGAUGUAUCAGAUGAAGCAGCAGAGAUAUUAGAAUACACACAACAUGUUGAACAACAACAAGACGUCAAAGGCCGUGAUUUCCUUAAGAUUUUUCAACGAAAAUAUGCGUUGUCACUUGCUAUUGGAGUUGUUCUUGUAACUUUGCCUCAGCUUGGAGGCCUUAAUGCUUAUACUUUUUACACUGACUCCAUUUUCACCGCUUCCGGUGUAUCGAGUGACCUUGGAUUCAUAUCGACAUCUAUUGUUCAGAUGUUUGGAGGUGUUUUAGGUGCCGUGCUUAUUGAUGUAUCCGGAAGACGUGCGCUCUUAAUGGUUUCUCAAGGUGGAAUGUUCUUGGGUUGUUUUGCAACAGCCAUUUCAUUCUUCUUGCAGAAGAAUCAUUGCUGGGAAACAGGAACACCUAUCUUGGCUCUUAUUGGUGUUAUGGUGUAUUUUGGAUCAUAUGGAUUAGGCAUGGGACCGAUACCAUGGAUCAUAGCAUCAGAGAUUUAUCCAGUAGACGUGAAAGGAGCGGCAGGAACAAUCAUUAACUUGGUCACCUCUAUAAGCUCAGGGCUCGUUACUUACUUCUUCAAUUUCUUGCUUCAAUGGAGUUCAGCAGGAACGUUUAUCACCUUUGCCAUAGUGAUGGGCCUUGGAUUUGUGUUCACAGCCAAGCUUGUUCCAGAGACCAAAGGAAAAUCUUUAGAAGAAGUUCAGUCUCUUUUCAUUGAUUCUCCUCUUGAAGAUUCUACAUCCUAG